UCAGAUAAGUGCACUGGUGGCUUUCGGCAGAGACCUGUCAGUCCGCCCUGGUCUGCUCACUGGAGAGAUGGAUCAGCAGCUCAUCUUCGUGUUGUACCUUCAACUUGUUGCGUUUGGCUUAGUGUCCUCGGGUAAUGUAUGUGGCCGCCCGCCCUUAGCCAAAAACGCUGUCCUGUCAGAAGAACGGCGCAUCUAUGAACCCGGGGAGGAGGUGACGUUCCUAUGUGCAAAAGGCUACAGGAUGUCUGGUGGCUCGAGGAAGAUCACAUGUAGCAUAUCCGGGAAGUGGAGCACGCCCACCAUACGCUGCAGUCCAAAGCUGUGUUCUUACCCUGGACCCCUGGAGAAUGGCCACAUAAUCUUUUCAAGCCUUGAGUUUGGCAGCAAUCUGACUUUCCAGUGUAUGGAAGGAUAUUUCCUUCAUGGGCAGAACACCAGCCACUGUAAGGAUGACGGCACCUGGGAUGUCGGUCUUCCCCACUGUGAACCUAUCUUCUGCCCUAUGCCUGACAUUCCCCAUUUUGGUAAAAUUAAGCACAUAAGGCCAAUGGAAGGGAACAAGACCCGCUUUGGGGAACAGGUGCAGUAUGAGUGUCAACCCCCCUUUGUCUUGUUUGGGAAUGAGACGGCCUUUUGCCAGGCUGAUGGAAACUGGACAGAGAUGCCACAGUGUAAAAAGGUUUCCUGCAGCCCCCCAACAUCUAUUCCGAAUGGGUUCAUGUCCUUUGCAGUCAUCAGGGAGUACGGCUACCAGGAAAACAUUAAGUAUGGAUGCAAGCCAGAUUUUGUUUUGGAUGGCCCAAGUGAGGUCCAGUGUAUGAAGACAGGGAAGUGGUCAUUGAAGCCUGUAUGCAGGGCACAUUGUACUGUCAGCAUUAGCCGAGGACGUGUCUUCUACAACGGAAAGAAAUAUUGGAUUGAGAAUCUGCCUGACAAGAAAGUCCAGCAUUCAGAGAGUGUGGCAUUCUACUGUAAGGAUGAGAAGAACAAGUGUGGUUACCCAGUGCUGAGCCAAUGUGUGGAUGGACAUUUGGAAAUCCCUUCUUGCUUCAUAGAACCUGGGAAAGCUGAAUAUGUAUUUCAAUCGUCAAAACUUCCUUCUGAAAUCAAGCAGUGCUGAUUGAAGCCCAUGGGGGACUCUACUGGUCUAAAACAAUAAAGUCAUGUUCCCUUUUC